AUGGACAUUUGGUCUCCUGAAUUCGUUCUAACAAUUGGUCUGGACUUCAAAGGUCAAAACAUGGAGGUCAAAGGAAAGUACAUUUGCAUUGAGAUGGGAGUGCACGUGUGGGAUGUGAUAGGAGGACGUUUUCAAGCAAUCACAAACCACGGGAUCGAUGGCAUCGUGAAGACCGUUCACCUUAUUCCGAUAGACAUCCAGUGUGUUAAAGCAGACGGGCUGGACACACAGACCGUGACGAAGGAGCAAGGGAAAAACGUUAGCAAAUCAAUUGGGCAUCAAAUUUAUAGAGGCUCACUAGCAAAGACGAACGAGGGCGUAGACGAUGCAUUCCUGGUUAUGACAAAGUUAGUGGCUCUUUGUGCAUUGCCAAGGCAAGGACGCAGCCCUCCUGGUGACAAAGUGCACAACUGCGGAGACAAAGAUGUGAGCGCAAAGAUAGAGGUGGUCACUCAUGCAUCCGAGUCAUGGUGGAAAUGAAAAUAGCAGUGUGCGGAAGAACAAUGGCCAGCAUCAGACGGAUUAGUUUCCAAAUAUCGUUGACAGUGGGCAGGCAGGGCUUGUGCAGAUUGGCAAAUAAAGAACCCUUUGUCACCAUAUCACGAGGAAUAAC